GUUGUGAUAUAAAAACCGCGAGCAUCGCCAGCGCCAUCCGCAGUAAGAGGCGCGACUUUUGAACGCUAGCACCGCUUCGAUUCCGACUCCGAAUCUGAAUCUGAAUCUGAAACUGAAACCGAAACCAAACUAGACCCUCUAACCCAACGAACCCGGUCGUGUACCCUUGCUACUUUUUUUUUGUGGUUCUGAAAGACUCAAAUAUAUUGAAAAGUGCAUAUAAUAUAUAACAGAAAAAUCGGAUUUUGUGAAAAGUUGCUGUGAAUGCGCAUUGUUACCUGGAAUCGCCAUGAGAUUAGCGUUAAUAUUGGGCACUCUGAGUGCUAUAUUGUGUUUGGCCAGCGGUUUGAGCCAGUCAGAGGCGAGUGGUUCAAAGGGCAAUGGAUUUCCCAAAAAGGUUACCACCCUGAAGAAGCGACCAACAAAAACGCCAACGACAGUGCCAAUUUCCAUCAGCAGAGCAACCACUUUGAAGCCCAGUAAGCCACGCGUGAAGAUCGGCACAUCGGCAACCACCAAAAGCACCACCAAAGCACCGGCCUUAACCGAGACAUUUGGCAAUCUGCCGGCUGAUGACCUGGAAUUCAUUAAGGAGCUGGACAAGCAGUUCAAGCUGCAUGGAGACAAGAUCAAGAUUAAGGUGGAGAGGGAUAAUUCCACGAGCAGCGGUGGCAAGAACAGCAAGAGGACCAUUGAGGGCGAUUUGGGAUACGGCUACUCGCAUCCUGGUUACGAUUACACGCCGCCGAAGUUCAUGUUCUAUCCGUACUCACAGCAUGAUAUUCCCUCGGGCUUUUCCCUUCCCCAGCCGCUUCCAGAGGAGCAGGAGGAGCCACACCAGCCGGCCAUGCACCAACACCACAAUCACGAGCAAGUGACCAGCGUGACCAUCGAGCCCUCGUACUCCUACGAGCUUAAGCCCCAGACCAGCUAUGAAACCCAACCGCAGCACACUGUCCCCGAGCAGCCGCAGAUCGAUCUGCCCCAGGAUGAAGCGGAAGGUCCUAGUGGUGCAGGUGUGGCCAGUGGCCACGGGGAGUAUCAGGAGCCUGUCAUUGUCCUGCGAAUUCCCGGACCCGCCAAGUACGCCGCCCAUUUGCAGACCCUGCUCCAGCAGUAUCUAGAGAUCAGAGCGGCCCAGUACCUCAGCUUGCUGCAGGAGGCAGAUCAGCAGCAACAACAACAGCAGCAGCAACAUGUGGAUCCUGCGCAGCAAUAUGGGCCACCAGAACCGGCCACCUACCACCAGGAAGUGAGCUACGCCCACCAACUAGCGCCCACGCCGGCUCCUGUGCAGUAUGCACCCAUCGAUGAUGUCUACCAAAGCUACAAGGGUCGCCACCAGCAACAGCUGCAGCUGCAGCAGCAACAGUACGAGCCGCAACAAUACUACGCGCCCAUGGACUACCAGCAGCCCACACAGUUCUACUAUGCACAGCCGCAAUCCCACUUGCAGCAGCAACCUCAGCUCUAUCUGAUAGCAAUGGCCCAGCCGGAGCCGGAUCCGGAGCCGCAGCCACAGCAGCACCAGCACCACCAUCAUCAUCAUCAUCAGCAGCAGCAGCCAAUUUACGUCCCAGAGUCUGACGCGCCGACAGGUCCCUCAGGUGCUUCCGAACAGGAACCGGAAGCGGAGCACAGUCUGCCCAUAACGGAAAACAACCCACGACCCACGCACACCAAGGUCAUUUUCAAUCCCUAUCCCUACCAGCAGCAGCAGCAGCAGCAGCAUCAUCAGCAACUACAGCAGUCCAGCAUCGAGGAGCAGCAGCAGCAGUCGGAGGAACGCCCCUUCAACUACCACGCCCAUGCGAUCAAGAUGCGCCAGGGCAAGAGGGCGGCUAAGCCGGAACCUGCGGAUGGGGACGUGGGGCCCAGUUCGGGCGACAAGGGACUCCAGCAGAUCAGGGAGUAUGUGAGGGAGAAACUGGGCGCUGAAAUGGGCUCGGCUGUGGAGUACAAGACGACACAGCGGCUCGAGGGCUGAUGUCUGGAUACACGUCCACUUGGGGGCAUGGAAACUCACUUGGAAGAACGCACUGUCGCUGUAUUUCAAAUCGAUUCAAAUGUGUCUCUAUAUCCAAGCCAUCUUUAAAUCAAAUUCCAACAUCCGGAGACAUCCUUCGCGCUCAUUUCCAAAACUUCUGCUGAUUGCAGCUGUUCAAAGUAGUGAUGUACUGCUAACUUUUAAGGGUAUGGGCAUGAAGUCCAGCAAGACAGUAAAAUUCCAGUGAGUGCCAUCCCCACGUAUACUCGUAUGUUAACACAAUUGCUUCUCGUGCCUGAUAUCCGCUCAUUAGUAUUUAUUCCAAGCUAGAGGAGCAGAAAGAUCCCGGGGUGAUCCUCUAGCUCCAAAUCUCAUCUAACACCUACCCGCAACCCGGAAUCCCUAAGCUACACAGCCAAGGCAUACUUUUGGCCGCAAAAAGAGUGCGCCUAAAGAUAGGCAUACUUUUACUUUUUUAAGUGAAGAGGUGCUGCCGGGACACAUUCGCUUUUCAUUAUUUUGUACGACGUUUUUUUUAUGUUGUUUAUAUCGUUAACCAAGAAAAUGUGCUGCUGAUCAUGUGUGCAAUAUUUAGUCUUAAUGUGCUUCUUGAUUUACCUGUAUGUACUUGUAUUUUUGUAUGAUUAAA